AUGUUUCUGCUCAUACAAAGAUGCUGCUUCCACACACCUUUCAACCUCCAGAAGUUAACCGGUCCCAAACUACUCCUGUAUGGAAAGAGUAAGACAACUUGGUCUUGUCUCGGCCUCCGGCUGCAGAGGGAUGUGUGUUCUGUCUCAAGACCUCCAAACCUCAACCCAGCAUCAGUGUAUGCAACCAAGCUCCAGGCUUUUCACACCUCUCUCCCCUCUUUCAAGAAGAAAACCCCCAAAGAAUCCGAGACCAAACAGCCGGGCGUAUUGCAACGAAGUAUACAACUACUGAAGGAUUCUCCCAAGCCAGCCCGUUACUUAAGCCUUGCAGGGCUGAUUCCGUUUGUUUCUGUGCCGCUGUCGAUGGCCAUCCAAGGGACAUACUACCCAGAGCUGGCGUUUGCUCAGAUUACGUAUGGUGCCGUAACAGUCUCUUUCCUAGGAGGAAUGAGGUGGGGGUUUGCUCUCCCGGAAAACAGCCCAGCCAAGCCGGAUUGGCUGAACCUGGCCAACAGUACAGUUCCUGCUGUAGUCGCCUGGCAAGCCUUACUUUUUCAAGAUACCACUCUUGGUGCAGUGAUGCUAGUAAUAGCCUUAGGGAUAGCACUGCAUUAUGACACUGCCCUUCUUCCUCCUUAUCCUAGGUGGUUUAAAGUCAUGAGGGUAACUGGAACAGUGGUGAUGGUGCUAUCACUAUUAGCUACUGCAGUGUUGAAGGCAGCUUCCGAGAUGGAACUAAUUAACAAGAGAAAUAAAUGGGAGAACACAAAAUAA